GAAAUAUUUAGGCGCAACCAGAAUAUCGACGACAGAGCUUUUGGAGUCGAUAUUUGUCUUUGCAAAUGUUGGAAUCUAUAUGAUAAAGAGAAUCUGCCCAUCUGAAAGAUAUGAGUGUAAUUCUUUGCACAGCUGGUUACGACCACACAAUACGCUUCUGGGAAGCCCUCUCUGGCAUCUGCUCUCGAACGAUCCAACAUUCUGACUCCCAAGUUAACCGUCUCUGUAUCUCCCCUGACAAACGCUUCCUUGCCGCUGCUGGUCAUCACACUGUCAAACUCUACGACAUCAAAUCCACAAACCCAAACCCCCUCCUCGCAUUCGAAGGCCAUACAGGCAAUGUCACAGGUGUCGCAUUUCACUGCGAAGGAAAAUGGAUGGUCACAAGCUCUGAAGAUGGCACAGUCAAAAUCUGGGAGACUAGGAGCGGUUCUGUCCAACGGAGCUAUUCCCAUGGCUCCCCUGUCAACGACGUAGUCAUCCACCCAAACCAAGGCGAGAUCAUUGCCUGUGACCGUGGAGGCAGCGUGCGCAUAUGGGAUCUUGCAGAGAACAACUGCUCUCAUCAGCUAAUCCCUGAGGAAGAUGUUCCUGUUGCAAGCGUUACGGUGGCAAGUGAUGGCUCGACUCUCUGCGCUGGCACAAACUCAGGAAAUGUCUACGUCUGGCACCUCCUCCAAUACCGCGAAAAGACAACCCUAAUCCCAAUAACCCACUUCUCCGCCCACAAAAACUACAUAACCCGCGUCCUCCUCUCCCCCGACGUCAAGCACCUAGCAACCUGUUCCGCCGACCACACGGCCAAGAUCUGGGAAGUCAAGGACCUCGAAUCCAUGAUCCCCGGUCCCGGCCAAGUUCAACCAGACAACAAGACACCAAAGCCGUUCAAGCUGGAAAGCACGCUCGCAAGCCAUCAACGAUGGGUCUGGGACUGUGCGUUUAGCGCAGAUUCCGCGUACCUAGUAACGGCUUGCUCGGACCACUAUGCGAGAUUGUGGGAGCUGCACAGUGAGUCGAUUAUUCGGCAAUACAACGGGCAUCAUCGGGGACUAGUCUGCGUUGCGCUCAAUGAUUAUUCUGAGGCUCGCUGAACUGCUUUAGCUUGGCGUUCAGGCAUGGUGUUCUGGCAAUGGCAUGGCGGGAGGAUGGCGUUUCUUUGCGAUGAAUUUCUUAAGGAUACUGAUAGCAUAGCGAGACGACCGGAUGAUUCAUUCCCGGCUUCAUGAAUGAAGAAUAUCACGGUGCA